AUGAACAAAGAGAAUGCUGUUUCUGGCAACGCCAUACCGCUCCAUGCCCAUACUGCUUCAGAAGUGGAUGUUACAACACAGAGUCUAGGACAUGUCGUUAGAGCAAACACAAAGAGAGCAUCCUUGGAUGAGAAGAAAGCCAAUGCACCUAAGAAGCGAGCUGUUCUUAAAGAUAUCACAAAGGAGAUUUCAGCUAAGUUGGAGAACAUCAAGCAGAUAGAGAAGCUGGCAUCUUCUGAUGUAUCCACUGUGGCAAGUAUUCUGCAAGUCAUUGACAUUGAUUCAGAUAACAAAGAUCCUCUACUUUGUAGCCUUUAUGCACCUGAAAUCUACUACAAUCUGCGUGUUGCCGAGCUUCAACGCAGACCAUUUCCUGAUUAUAUGGAAAGGAUACAAAGAGAUCUGACUCAUACAAUGAGAGGAAUACUAGUUGAUUGGCUUGUCGAGGUCUCAGAGGAAUACAAACUUGUACCUGAUACACUCUAUCUCACAGUAUAUCUCAUAGAUUGGUUUCUCCAUGGAAACUACAUUGAAAGACAGAGGCUUCAAUUGCUCGGCGUCACUUGUAUGUUCAUUGCUUCAAAAUACGAGGAGAAAUUUGUGCCACGCAUUGAGGAGUUCUGCUUCAUCACUGAUAACACUUUCAUAAAGGAUCAGGUCUUGGAGAUGGAGAGACAAGUACUGAUGCAUUUUAGCUUUCAGAUUUACACACCCACUUCAAAAACAUUCCUCAGGAGAUUUCUCCGGGCAGCUCAUGCUUCUGAUAUGCAGAAACCAAGUGUCGAGAUAGAGUUUCUGGCGAACUAUCUCAUGGAACUGACAUUAAUAGACUAUGAGUUCUUGAAGUUCCUUCCUUCGGUUAUCGCUGCUUCAGCUGUUUUCCUAGCUAAGUGGACACUGAACCAAUCAAGCCACCCUUGGAAUCCAACUCUUGAGCAUUACACAACGUUGAAAGCCUCAGACCUCAAAGCAUCUGUUCACGCCUUGCAAGAUCUACAGCUUAACACCAAAGGGUGCACCUUAGCUUCUAUACGCAUGAAGUAUAAGCAAGAGAAGUUCAAAUCAGUGGGGGUUUUGUCUUCUCCGGAGAUACCUGACGGGCUAUUCUGA